AAAAUUAAGAGAAGAAUGGGACAAGUUUAGAAGCAAAAACAAAAACAAAAUCGUUAAAUCCAAAAGGCCGCCGCAUCCUUAAAUCGAGCCAUCACCACCACAUCAGCCUCCACCUAAGAACACCCAUAUUUGCAGUUUUGCAACUAGUCAACCGAGCCUUCUCCACGUCAUUCAUUUUGCAUUUAGCAAAGCGUUGACAUAACCCAUAAUCUACGUUUUUUUCUUCUCUUUAUUCAGAUUGAUUCUUGGCUUUUUAUUUAGCUUUAUGAUCGAACCAUUUGAUGUUUUGAAAAGAUAGUGGGGUUUUCGCUGGUGAAAUUGUGUGUUGGAGAUGUGAAUUGGAGUGGUUUAAAUGUUAAUAUCUGGGUUUCUAUUUAUAUGCUAUUGUAGAUAGCAUAAUUGAGGUUCUGUUUGGCUUUGUGAAUUGUGAAGAGAGUUGGAAUUUAGUUUCUGUAUAUUGGGGGGUUCGAGAUGAUUGGGAGAAAAAAUAUGGGGCGAGCGUCGCCAUUGCUUUUGGUGCUUUUGGCACUAGGAUUUUUCUUUGCGAUGUAUAACUUGUUGACUUUGGUAAUACAAUAUAAGGAUUCUAGUUCAGGAGCUGGAUCAGGGAAUCCUGAUCCUGUAAUACGGAUGCCAACCAAUUUGAGGAAAUUAGGGAAGUCGAAUUUGAAAUUCCAUGUUGCCCUUACGGCUACUGAUGCUCCUUAUAGUCAAUGGCAAUGCCGGAUUAUGUAUUAUUGGUAUAAGAAGAUGAAAAACAUGCCAGGAUCAGACAUGGGAAAGUUUACUCGAGUGUUGCAUUCGGGAAAAGGUGAUCAUUUGAUGGACGAGAUUCCAACUUUUGUUGUUGAUCCUCUUCCGGAGGGCUUAGAUCGGGGCUAUAUUGUCUUAAAUAGACCGUGGGCUUUUGUGCAAUGGCUGGAAAAAGCAACUAUUGAGGAAGAAUACAUUCUAAUGGCAGAACCUGACCACAUAUUUGCAAAUCCUUUGCCUAACUUGGCACAUGGAGAUAAUCCAGCAGGGUUUCCAUUUUUCUAUAUUAAACCAACUGAACACGAGAAAAUUGUUCAAAAGUUUUAUCCCGAGGAGAAGGGUCCUGUGACCGACGUUGAUCCAAUUGGCAAUUCUCCCGUAAUAAUAAAAAAGUCACUGCUGGAGGAAAUUUCACCAACAUGGGUGAAUGUUUCGCUAAGAAUGAAAGAUGACCCAGAGACUGAUAAGGCAUUUGGUUGGGUGCUUGAAAUGUAUGCCUAUGCUGUAGCAUCAGCAUUGCAUGGUGUGCGGCAUAUACUCCAUGAAGACUUUAUGCUACAGCCACCAUGGGAUUUGGAAGUUGGGAAGAGAUUUAUUAUCCACUACACUUAUGGAUGCGACUACAAUAUGAAGGGAGAAUUAACAUAUGGAAAGAUUGGAGAAUGGCGGUUUGACAAGAGAUCCUAUCUCAGUGGUCCUCCACCAAAGAACAUUUCCCUGCCCCCACCAGGAGUUCCUGAAAGUGUGGUGAGACUUGUAACGAUGGUUAAUGAGGCUACAGCUAACAUCCCUGGCUGGGACUCAUUAAACAGUGGCUGAGAUUGAGAUCUGGAUCAUAAGCUCAUUGAUCCUUGGUUCAAUGCAAUCUCUUGCGUGAGAGAUUCACCCAUACUAUCUACAAGAUAACAGAAGAAUGGUAUAGGAAAAUAGGAAUGCCUUCACAACAGAGGGAUCUUUGGUUAGUGACACCACGUGAAUUGAUCAUGAAGGACUCUGGAUUCUUUUUGUACACAUAUCUGCUACACUUGAAAUAGUGCUGAGUUUUGAAUUUUGAAUGUUUCAGACCUGUAAUUGGGAAUUUCUUGCUUUCACAGUUUGUAGUACUCUUUGCUGUUUAUGAAACGAUGGUGAAGUAAGUUGUCUUGUGCUAACCGUGGCUGAAAGUCAACGGGCAGGUUAAUUUGAUUGGCAUUUGUACAACUAUUUCUGUUUGAAGACAGUUCAGUAGACUGAGGUCGUCUUUCCUGUUGUUGUUUUAGUUAAUAAAGCCCUAAUUUCCACUAA